AUGAGUGACAAAAAACAGGCCCAACUUCCUCUACCAUCUGAGCCUGGUUUUGUAGGUGAAAAUGGCGAAUACGUGACGGUUUUAACUCCUGAUAACAAGGCACUGACGUCGCCUACGGACUUUGAUCCCAAUGGACUCCGCAUGAACAUGUGGACUGUAAAUUUGCAUGAUGCGGAUAUGCGUACGGCCUAUUACUGGUGGGUUUGCUGCUGUCCAUGUAUCCCAUUGGCGCAGCUGGAGACGCGGCUAGGUCUUAAUUCAUAUGGAUCAGGGGUAUUCCUUGAUCUGAUUGCGUAUACCAGUCGUCUGUUGCUCUUCCUGCUGACGGUGGUGUACCUUAUAAAGGGCUAUUUAUUGCCUUUUGCCAUAUCCCUCUUGCUUUUCGUGCUUUGUUUACUGGGAGUGGCGUAUCGCGUAUCUCGUGCGCGUAUGCUGAUCCGUGAACGUCUGGAUAUCUCUGGCUCUGCCAAAGAUGAUCGCACCACGGGUUGUUUGCGCGGUGCCAGUGCCAUCCGCCAGAUGGCUGUUCAGCUCAAGUGCGACCAAGUUCAUUUCGGUGCACCCGCCACGCUUCAAGCCUACCAAGUGUAA